AUGGCGUCUAACGAUGAAGUCGAUAAGAUUGCGCCAAAGUUGAAUGGCAACAAAGAGGGGUAAGUUUCAGUUUAUACUGAAAAUCAAUGAGAAAAAAUCGAUUGCAGGACAUUUGCCUAUACAACUGUGAAGGAUCGUUGGCCUAAAAUAGUGACGAAGCUAGUUGAUCUUCUCAAAACGGGUAUCAAAGAUAUUGUAACGGAUAUUGGUGAAGAAGCUGACGGAGAUGUCAGAUCAAUUCUCGAAGUUCUCUCAAAACUUCGUUAUUUAAUAAUGACAGAUAAACCGCUAGAAAAUUUGAUUGACAACGCUGACGAUGCUAUGAUGUGGAAUGGAAUGUUGCAAGAGUUGCGCGAACAUGAUAUGCAAUUAGAACAAGAGACAGUGACUUGGUAUCGAGCUGAUUGGCUAUUUGUCGAAUGUUAUUUGUAUCGAUACAUCUACAGUGCAGUUUAUUCAACUGUAAAGAUGCGCGAGUUUGAUUAUUUUCAGACAAACAAACGCGACAGUUUCACUGAUCAGUGAGUUAUCUUUUAUGAAAAAAACAAAAACAAAAAACUGUGUGUUUUCAGCAUUGGCCAAAUUGAAGAAUCUUGCGCAUAUCUUUUACCAAUAAUUGCGGAAGAUGCUCCAGUUCAUGAAACAUUCGGACUUGCAACAAUGAUAAAAAUGAGUUUAUGGGGAAAUCGUGCAGAUAUGUCAUUGACAGGUGGAGAUAAUUUGACACUUGAACAAUCUUCAAUGAAUGCAUCUGCUCAACGUGAUAAAUUCAUCCUUGUUGAUAAUAUUCAUGAAUUGACGGCUCGUGUUCUAUUUCCACUUUUGAAACGUCGUGGAGAACAACCAGCAAAUCGUCGAAUUGAUAUUGUUUUGGACAAUGCUGGUGUUGAAUUGGUUGGUGAUCUUCUGCUCGCAGAAUAUUUUAUUUCAAUGGGUUUUGCUGAUCAAGUUCAUCUUCAUGGCAAAUCUUUCCCUUGGUUUGUUUCUGACGUGACCAGGGGAGAUUUUAAUUGGACUUUGGAACAAUUACAAAUCAACGGGGAAUCUUGCUCCAAAAUUGCUGAACGCUUGAAACAACGCAUUGCCGACGGUCAAAUCAUUUUCGAAAAUCAUCGAUUCUGGACCUAUCCACACGCAUAUUGUGAUAUGAAAACUGUGUGUCCUGAUUUGUACGAAGAAUUACAAACAUCUAGUCUCGCCAUUUUCAAAGGGGAUCUGAACUAUCGAAAAUUGGUUGGAGAUCGAGAUUGGGAUCUUGACACAUCAUUUAAUGUAAGUUCUUUCUCCGAGGUUUAGAUAUAUGUACAUAGAUGAAUUGUUUUUUAGACUGCUUUACGAGGUUUUGAACCAUGCCCAGUUUUCGCGCUACGCACUUUGAAAGCUGAAACUGUUGCCGGUUUGGGGAAAGAAGUUAUCAACGAGCUGAUCAGAGUGAGUUCUUAAAUUUUCUGUAGAUCAAAAAAAACAAGGGCUGGCAAAAAAAGCUGUGAUGCACCGUUUUAGGCAUACCAAAAAUGACCAACCCGAUAGCAACUCACCUUUUUUAAAUGCUGCCUGAUUGCAAAAUUUCAUUUUUAAAAAAUGAAAUGUUUCCUAAUUUUUGGCACAACAAAUAUUUUUAUAACGUGAACUAAAAAAUAUUGUGUACGUGUAUUUAUCAUUUUCGCUUUCAUUUCAAAGAAAAAAGUGGGCCAAUGCCAAACAAGCGGUCUUGUUUUCCAGAUGUGUUUUUAAAAUAGACAUUUCACAUCGCACAUAAUAUUUUUUUCAAAAAUCAGUGUUUCAUGGUGUUUUCAAAAUUAUUAAACAGUUUUGUAGUCCAGAUGUGCCCAAAAAUUGAUUUUCAUGAAUUUUGGUAAACCAAUUUUUCUCAGGUCCGUUGCGAUCUUAUAAAUCUGGCCGCUGAAAAAAGUUCCACUACGUUUCACAAGUUUCACAAGUAUAGGUCCACCCCUGAAAUGUCUCAAAAUUAUCGUAAAAAUAAUUUUCAAGUUGUAGCCCUUCAUUUUUCGAAAAAAGUACGUAAAAUUAGGUAUGUUUACCGAAUUUUAUCCUACUUGGACAUGUUUUUGAUUUUAUAUUUGAGAAAAAUUGAAAAUUGGCUAUUUUCUGUGUUUCAAAAGUAUAGGUCCACCUAUAUCAACUAUGAAAUGAUGAUUUCUAACCUGGUUUUUUGUUGUUUAUUGUUCAGUUAGGAUUGCCCCAAGCCUAAUUAAAGCAUAUUCAACAAAUGCAGUUUUCCAUUUCUGGGUUUCUGGAGCCAUUCCUGGUGAUCAGACCCACUUUGGUCUGUUUAUCAGACAACAUGGUUCAGUAUCCUUUCAUUUUCUAUUGAGAUCAUGUCAGAAGUAACUAAAAACCUCUUUAAUGUUGUAUUUCUUAGUUUUCCAUUCAAUAAAACUCAAUUCAUAAAAAAUGGAGAUCAUUUCAGACCGAAAACUGUCAGUUAUUGUUUCAAAUUUCUGGAAAUUUCAAGAUUUUCCAGUGAAUACACCCAAGUUCAUCCAUUUUUAUUCCGUUUUUGUGACUGGAUAUGACUGCUAUGUCUCCACAUGAUUCAAAAUAUCACCGAGAAUUUCAUAGAACUCAAAAAAACACUUUCUGUGAUGCUAUCAAGCUUAUGGAACAAAGUUCCGAAAUUUCAAAAAAACUCAAAAAAUAUUUUACUGUACUGAAACAUGAAAAAUGUUUUUUAAAGUUGUUUUUUUGAACUUCAAUAGUUGUAAACAAUGUUUCUGAACUGAUCUGAGGUAUGCUUUUCAUAAAAAAUCGUUUGUAGAAUAAUAAUAUGAAAAUUCAGUUGUUCAUAAAAAUUUCGAAAUUCUACAAGUCCUGUUUUUCGCACAAUCACGAUAGGAAGUCAAGAUUUGUUUAUUUCAAAAUUAUGGAACCAAUUUAAUCGAUCAUAGAAACCGUGUUAACAGAUAAUAUAUGAAGUUUUGUGACACGACUUGGGUGUAUUCACUGGAAAAUCUUGAAAUUUCCAGAAAUUUGAAACAAUAACUGACAGUUUUCGGUCUGAAAUGAUCUCCAUUUUUUAUGAAUUGAGUUUUAUUGAAUGGAAAACUAAGAAAUACAACAUUAAAGAGGUUUUUAGUUACUUCUGACAUGAUCUCAAUAGAAAAUGAAAGGAUACUGAACCAUGUUGUCUGAUAAACAGAACAAAGUGGGUCUGAUCACCAGGAAUGGCUCCAGAAACCCAGAAAUGGAAAACUGCAUUUGUUGAAUAUGCUUUAAUUAGGCUUGGGGCAAUCCUAACUGAACAAUAAACAACAAAAAACCAGGUUAGAAAUCAUCAUUUCAUAGUUGAUAUAGGUGGACCUAUACUUUUGAAACACAGAAAAUAGCCAAUUUUCAAUUUUUCUCAAAUAUAAAAUCAAAAACAUGUCCAAGUAGGAUAAAAUUCGGUAAACAUACCUAAUUUUACGUACUUUUUCGAAAAAUGAAGGGCUACAACUUGAAAAUUAUUUUUACGAUAAUUUUGAGACAUUUCAGGAGUGGACCUAUACUUGUGAAACGCACUGUAAACGUUUUAUCUGAAAUUUUUGUAGCAAUACGACGAAGAUAACAGUUGGAUGACAUCCGGCGAAUAUGCAGUUUGUCAACUCGGCGGAGCUGCGCCACCAAAAAACUAA